CUACGCUGUCCGGCUCUGGGGGCAAUCCAUAUAAAAUCAGCAUAAUCAGAAAUUCUACCGGGCAGUUGAUUCUAUGCGGUCAACGGAGCCGGACGCGCUGCCUUCUGGGGCCAUAAAUUUGCAAUAUAAAUAAGAGAAUUAAAAGGUUUUCGCUCGCGACAUUUUAUGUAAUUGUGCAAUUCUUUUGUUGCAAGAUUUACGAAUAAAGAGAAACAAAGAUUGAAAAAAGUGAAUUUCCAAUUUAAACUGAAUUGAAAUACGAAAGAUUUAAGCAAGCGAAAGCUGUAAAACGAGAUGGGCAAGACGUCAUUAAAGGAGCUGUCACUCGUUCUUUCGCUGCUGCUGCUGCUUGGAUUGAUCGGCUGCGUGACGUCACAGCGCACGUCACUGGAUGUGACCUUCAGGAAUGCGUAUCGACCACUUCGUUUGCUCAGCCUGGCCUUCACUGGACGAUCCGGCGAUCAGCCGGCGAACGUGCAGCGCGUGCGUAGCGCGGGCAAAACCCAAAAAUCGAAUCCGCGUACGCGCGCCCUUCUCCAAUUCUGCGACACCGAAGAGGGGCCUGGCAGACGCAGUGCUGAGCGCCCGAGCAGCGUGCAUCGACUGCGGCCCGGCGACAUAGACAUUAUUGGCGGCAUGGGUGACUCUCUGACCGCGGGCAAUGGUAUCUUCGCCUCCAAUCUGGGGCACGUGACCGUGGAGAAUCGAGGCGUGGUUUGGUCCAUUGGCGGACAAUACAAUUGGCACAAAUAUCUCACCUUGCCCAACAUACUCAAGGAGUUCAAUCCCAAGCUCUAUGGCUAUUCGCUCAAGGAUGGCCUCUCCACGGAUCGCUCAUCGCGCUUCAAUGUAGCCGAGCUGGGCGCCAUGUCCCGAGACAUGCCCUACAUGGCCAAGGUGUUGGUGAAGCGCAUGAAGCACGAUCCCAACGUGAACAUGACCCAGGACUGGAAGCUGGUUACCAUGUUCAUAGGCAACAACGACUUCUGUGCCGACAUCUGCUUCUACUCACAGCCGGAGCUUACAGUCAGCUGGCAUGAACGGAAUAUGCUGAAAACGUAUCGCUACCUAAGGGACAAUGUGCCGCGGCUCAUGCUGAAUGUGGUGCCGGCGCCCAACUUACGCUUUCUGACCAAGCUUUCCGGCUUGCCGCCCAUCUGCCAGACCACGUUGACCUUUGAGUGCCCGUGCUUGAUGGGCAAGAGCAAGCAGCACCUGGAUUACUACGAGGCCAUCAUGAAACGUUGGAUUGCCAAGGACUACGAGAUAGCCAACAGGACCGAGUUCAAUACAGAUACAUUCACCAUCAAUGUGCAGCCGUUUUCGCAGUUCGAGGACUUUCCGCGCACGCGCUCGGGGCUGACGGACACGCGGUUCUUCUCCGAGGAUUGCUUCCAUUUGAGUCAGCGCGGCCAGGCCUCAGCGGCCAAUGCGAUUUGGAACAAUAUGCUGGAGAUGCCUGGCGAGAAGAGCGGCUUUAGCGUUCAUUUGUUUGAGAAGUUCAACUGCCCCACCGAGAAGCGUCCAUAUUUGAUCACCAGAGAAAAUAGCCGCGCCGAUUUUAUCGUCUAGUCCGACAGUUGCCUGCCUUAUUAUAACGAACAUCGACUGUGAUACGUCGCCUUAGUCUCGACCAUAUUUGUUUGUAGUCUUCAUUUACGCUUUUAUAAAUAAAC